CGAGGGUAACCGGGUUGGCUAGUUGCGUUGUGUAAUGACGGAAAUUUUACGCUAUGCGAAUGUUUGGGUUUUUAUAUAAACACAAACAGAAUAGAAACGCUUUUAAUUAAAGGGUAGUGUGUGUCAGUGUGCUUGAUUGAAGGCCGUGGCUGAACCCUCAGCCAUUCACUUCCAAACACUUUCUUUCUCUUUUCAUUCUCUCGCCCCUUGCCCUUGCCCUAGAUCUCUCUCCCCAAUUUCACUUUAGGGGACGACACGGUGCCACUGUAUCUGGAAAGUUGUGAGGAUGUUUGGCUCAACGAACCGUAAGUUUUGCCUUUUGUAAUGUUAGACUUUUCGUGGUUUUGGUUUCUUCGUUUGCUUGUUGUUAGGCCAAUUGGAUGUUUCUUGAAGUAUUGUGGUGUUUAUGGUUUAUUUGUUGAAUGGGAUUUGUAUUGUUAAUGAUUGUUUUAUCAUUUAGUAUUCUUUGUUGUAGUAGUUUUGUAAGUGUGUAUGGUUGAAUAUGAUGUUUCUUUGUUUAUUGGUUGUUUCCACAAACCAUUGAUAAUGGGGAUUGUUGAGACAGCUUUUGGGCAGUCAUCCUCGAGCCCGUUUGGCUCCCAAUCGGUUUUUGGACAGACCAAUUCGAGUAGCAAUCCUUUUGCUCCUAAGCCAUUUGGUAGUACAACUCCAUUUGGUUCACAAACAGGUAGUUCCAUAUUUGGAGGUACUUCCACAGGUGUAUUUGGUGCAGCUCAAUCCUCUUCUCCAUUCUCAUCCACUACAGCGUUUGGUGCUUCGUCAUCACCAGCUUUCGGUAGUUCAGUGCCCGCUUUUGGGUCAUCUUCAACUCCAGCUUUUGGUAGUUCGCCAUCAUCAUUUGGUGGAUCAUCAGUUUUUGGUCAGAAGCCUGUUUUUGGAGGCUUUGGAUCUACGCCUACUCAAACAAGUCCAUUUGGAAGUGCUAACCAGCCAUCACAACCAGCUUUUGGAAGCAGUAUAUUUGGUUCCUCAACACCUUUUGGUGCAUCAAGUCAGCCAGGAUUUGGUGCUACAAGCACCCCUGCAUUUGGUGCUACGAGCACCCCUGCAUUUGGCACUGCAAGCACCCCCGCAUUUGGCACUACAAGCACCCCCGCAUUUGGUGCUACAAGUGGUCCUGCAUUUGGUGCAACUAGCACCCCUGCAUUUGGUGCUACAAGCACUCCUGCAUUCGGUGCAACUAGCACCCCUGCAUUCGGUUCAACAUCAAGCCCAACUUUUGGUAACACAGGGAGUGCAUUUGGCGUGUCAAGUACUCCUGUAUUUGGUGGUGGGGGAGCAUUUGGGGCUUCAAGUAACCCCAUGUUUGGUUCAUCAAGUACAUCAGCAUUUGGCACUUCAAGCACUCCAUUUGGGGCCUCUAGUACUCCUGCUUUUGGGGCUUCUAGUACCCCAGCAUUUAGUUUUGGAUCCACUCAAGCUUUUGGUCAAUCUUCUGCUGCAUUUGGUAGCAGCAGCCCAUUUGGGAGUACAGCCUCACCCUUUGGAGGGCAGAGUUCAGCGUUUGGAUCCCAAACACCGACAUCAACUUUUGGAAAUACUGGUAUUGGACAGCCAGGUUUUGGAGGUCAACGGGGUGGAAGUAGAGUGGCUAGUUACACACCAACAACUGAAGCAGAUAGUGGUACCUCUGGACAGACUGCAAAGUUGGAGUCCAUAUCAGCCAUGCCUAUUUACAAAGACAAAAGCCACGAGGAGCUAAGAUGGGAGGACUAUCAAUUGGGAGAUAAAGGUGGACCACUUCCCUCUGCUCAGUCAACUGGGUUGGCAGGUUUUAGUUCAUCCACAACACAGACAAAUGCCUUUUCUCCUGCACCAGUGUUUGGUCAAUCAUCAGCUAAUCCUUUCUCCUCCACAACACCCAAUUCUAACCCUUUUGCGCCGAAGAGUUCACCUUUUUCUUCUGGAUUUGGAACUUCAGCUGCUCCUGCCUUCAGUUCAUCAGCUUUUGGUUCUUCAACAUCAGCUGCAGCACCUUCUAUUUUUGGCUCAUCCACAUCUCCAUUUGGAGCCAACUCUUCUUCAACACCGAGCUUUGGGCAAUCUACAUCCCUGUUUAAUACUGCUCCUGCCCAGGGUACAUCACCAUUUGGCGCAAGCAUUUUUGGCAACACCCAGUCAUCCCCAUUAUUUAGUUCUGCAGCUCCUACAAUUGCACAGACAGGUUCUGCUUUUGGGCAGAAUACCUCUCCCUUUGGGCAGACUACACCUUCUUUUAGUCAAUCAAGCUUGUUCAAUUCUCCUUCUUCUGGGCUUGUGGGAAGUAUUUUUUCAACAAGCACAUCACUCACUUCUACUAAUCUGACAGGUUUUGGUCAAACAGCGCCAUCCCUUCCAACACCUUUCCAACCCGCACAAGCUGCUCAGUCGAGUGGUGCUUUUGGUUUUAGCAACUUUGGCCAGACACAACCUGUUGGUGCAAGUAGCUUUGGUGGCACUCCAGGCAUAUUUAGUCAGAAUAAUUUUGGACUUCCGUCUUCUACCCAGAGUUCUGUGGUUGUACAAGCAGCCCCAAAUACAAAUCCAUUUGGAACACUGCCUGCCUUGCCUCAGAUGUCAAUUGGUCGAGUUGGAACCACUCCUUCAAUUCAAUACGGAAUCUCUAGCAUGCCUGCCCUAGACAAACCUGCUCCUGUUAGAAUAUCAUCUUUAUUGACAUCUCGGCACCUCUCACAAAGGCGAAUCAAGUUUCCUGUCAGGAAAUAUCAUACUAAGAAAGAUGGUCCAAAGGUUCCAUUCUUUAGUGAUGACGAAGAUACUCCUACCACACCUAAGGCUGAUGCUCUGUUCAUUCCUAGGGAAAACCCAAGGGCGUUGAUCAUUUGUCCCAUGGAGCAGUGGCCUGGAAAGGCUUCUGAGAAGGCAUCGACUUUUAGGGAUAGAUACAUAUCAGUGAAUGAGAAUGGAGUUAUUUCUAAAGAGGCACGUAUGACACCUCCUGAUAGGACGAGCUCAGAGGAUAAAGCGAAAUCUGCAGCAGAAAAUGGUCUUGUCAAGGAGCAGGCUCAGCCUAUGACGACAAAGCAAGCAUCCAAUGGGAGUAAUGAAGAGCAUUCUCCACAAAAGGCCGACAUGUAUAAGACGCUCAGCGGGCACAGAGCUGGUGAGGCUGCCAUUGUGUAUGAACAUGGAGCUGACGUUGAGGCACUAAUGCCAAAACUGCGGCGUUCUGAUUACUACACACUGCCUCGAAUUCAUGAACUGGCAGCCAAGGAAAGAGCUGAACCAGGAUUCUGCAGUCACGUCAAGGACUUUGUGGUUGGAAGGCAAGGUUAUGGCAGCAUCAGAUUUUUGGGUGAGACAGAUGUACGAGGGCUUGAUCUUGAGACCCUCAUUCAGUUUAACAAUCGGGAGGUGAUUGUGUACAUGGAUGAUGCUAAGAAACCUCCUGUUGGACAAGGGCUGAAUAAGCCUGCUGAGGUAACACUCCUCAACAUUAAAUGUUUUGAUAAAAAAACUGGACAACAGUAUACAGAAGGGCCAAAGAUCGAGAAAUACAAAGAGAUGCUCAAGAGAAAGGCUGAGGACCAAGGUGCUGAAUUUGUAUCAUAUGAUCCCGCAAAGGGAGAGUGGAAGAUCAGGGUCAACCACUUUAGUGCCUACAAGCUGGUUGAUGAAGAUGACAUUUGGAUGAAUGUUUGACAAUUGGAGUUUGGUCCGUCCCUUACAACAUGGGAGAGGACAGCAGUACAUUUAAUAGUUUCAGAACCAUAGUUCUGCACUAAAAUGUAUUUUUGUUUUUUCCUGUAAAUUUUCACUGUAUUGUGUGGAUAUAAUUUGGGCCAACGUUCUUCACGUGCUUCCUAUCUUGUUUAAGGGAUAUUUUAUAGAUCUUACGGUUGGGGAUGUUAAAAUCUGGGUUUUUCUUGUAUCAAUUUUUUUUCCUACUUAAAUUUUGAUGCGCACGUUAUGUUUAUUUUCAACAUUUACUAUUUGAAUUAUGAUAUGCCAUUUUUUUAAAUUUCAAAAUAAUGUGAUUCUCAGGAGUGUAAUGAAAAUGUGAUUUCCU